AAUACUACUAGUGCUAAAAAUGACACCAAAGCUAUCAUCUCUGUCAAGAAGAAACCUGUACUUUCUACAGCUUCUUCUGCAAUUUCAGUGGCAGCUCUGUGUUUUGCUAUUGGUUUUCAACUGGCAAAUAUCCCUUUUGGCUGCAGACGAACCACAGGAAUUCGUAGAUUAUGGAUAUGCAGUCAAGUCGGUAGGCAUAAAUUCUGCUGGAAAUUCAUUGACUGCUCAUCUUGAGUUGAUCAAGAACUCCACCGUUUUCGGCCCAGAUAUACCCCAGCUCCUGCUCACCGCCAGCUUUGAAACAAAUGGCCGUUUAAGAAUUCGAAUUACUGAUCCCAACAGCCAAAGAUGGGAAGUCCCAUAUGACAUUCUCCCGCGCCAACCGCCACCACCACCGCCUCACACUCCUCCUCAACCGCCACACAACCGCCGCCUCCUCUCUGAUCGCACAUCAGACCUUGAGUUCCGCCUCAGCAACACUACCCCAUUUGGCUUCUCAGUCAGCCGCCUGUCAACCGGGGAGACCUUGUUUGACACCACCCCAGAAACUAACAAUCCCAACACAUUCCUCAUUUUCAAAGACCAAUAUCUCCAGCUUUCCUCCUCAUUGCCGUCAGAUAGAGCCAAUCUUUACGGGCUUGGAGAGCAUACAAAGAGUUCAUUUCGGCUUAAACAUAAUCAGACACUGACCCUUUGGAAUGCAGACAUUUUGAGUGCAAAUAUCGAUGUUAAUUUGUAUGGAUUCCAUCCAUUUUACAUGGAUGUUCGAUCGCCCAAUGGGAGGAGCCAUGGAGUUUUAUUGCUUAACAGUAAUGGAAUGGACAUUGUAUAUACAGGAGACAGGAUUACCUAUAAGGUGAUUGGGGGGAUUAUUGAUCUGUACAUUUUUGCUGGACCAACUCCAAAUAUGGUGGUUGAUCAGUACACUCAGCUCAUUGGCCGUCCGGCUGCUAUGCCAUACUGGUCCUUUGGAUUUCACCAAUGUCGAUGGGGUUACAAAAAUGUUUCAAAUCUUGAGGCAGUGGUUGCUAAUUAUGCAAAAGCUGGAAUUCCUCUAGAGGUCAUGUGGACUGACAUUGAUUACAUGGAUGGAUUUAAGGACUUUACACUUGAUCCUGUCAAUUUUCCUUUUGAUAAGAUGAAGAAUUUUGUUGAUGCCCUUCAUCUAAACGGUCAAAAAUAUGUUCUCAUUGUUGAUCCUGGUAUCAGCAUCAAUGAGACAUAUGGGACUUACAUAAGAGGAAAGGCAGCAGAUAUAUUUAUAAAGCGUGACAAUAUAUCCUACCAGGGUGUAGUUUGGCCAGGGAAUGUUUACUUCCCGGAUUUUGUGAACCCCGCAGCUGGACUCUUUUGGAGCAAUGAGAUCAACCAAUUUCACAAUAUAGUCUCAUUUGAUGGUCUAUGGAUUGACAUGAAUGAGCUAUCAAAUUUCAUAACUUCUUCUCCUACCCCAUCAUCUCCGCUUGAUGACCCUCCUUAUAAAAUAAACAACCAUGGCGCUAAGAUGUCCAUCACUUACUCAACUGUCCCUGCAACUGCUAUGCAUUUUUAUGAUUUUACCGAGUACAAUGUCCACAACCUCUAUGGGUUCUUAGAGUCCAGAGCAACUAAUCAGGCACUAGGCAAACUGAAAGGUAAAAGGCCAUUUGUACUUUCCAGAUCAACUUUUGUUGGUUCUGGAAAAUUCACAGCACACUGGACUGGAGAUAAUGCUGCCACUUGGGAUGAUUUGGCAUACUCAAUUCCGACCAUUUUGAGUUUUGGACUUUUUGGAAUUCCUAUGGUAGGAGCAGACAUAUGUGGUUUUUCAGGAAACACUACAGAAGAGCUUUGUCGUCGUUGGAUACAGUUGGGGGCCUUUUAUCCUUUUGCUAGGGAUCACACUACAAAGGAUAGUAAUUCUCAAGAACUCUAUCUGUGGGAUUCAGUUGCAGCAUCUGCCAAAAAAGUACUCGGGCUCCGCUACCGGUUACUUCCCUAUUUCUACAUGCUAAUGUAUGAAGCACAUAUUAAAGGGACACCCAUUGCGCGGCCCCUUUUCUUCUCGUUCCCUGAAGAUGUCAACACAUAUGGAAUCAGCUCGCAGUAUCUUCUUGGCAAAGGUGUUAUGAUCUCACCUGUACUCAAGCCGGGAGCAGUCACCGUUGAUGCAUAUUUUCCUGCAGGAAACUGGUUUAGCCUCUUCAAUCAUUCACAGUCGGUGAGUUUGAGCCAAGGAAAGUAUGUGACACUUGAUGCACCACCAGAUCACAUAAAUGUACAUGUUAGGGAAGGCAAUGUAUUGGCCAUGCAAGGGGAAGCAAUGACCACUGAAGCUGCAAGAAAAACACCAUUUAAUCUUCUAGUUGUUCUUAGCAAAAAUGAGAAUAGUACAGGAGAACUGUUCCUGGAUGAUGGAGAGGAAGUGGAGAUGGGAAGUGAGAAAGGGAGGUGGACAUUGGUGCAAUUCAAUAGCCAUGUCUACAAGAGUUUCGUUAGGCUUGAAACCAAGGUUGUCAAUGGAAACUUUGCUUCAAGCCAGAAGUGGACCAUCAACAAAGUGACAUUUCUAGGCCUUAAAAAUGCAAGAGCUUUAAAGGGCUACCAAAUUUCCACUAGCAACACACAGAGAAGGAAUCAGAACGCAGGAAUAAGUACUAGUUUAAAGCUCAGUGGACAGUUUGCCUCUGUUGAGGUCUCAGGCCUUAAUUUGUUGAUUGAAGAGGAGUUCAAGUUAGAGCUAAAUCUCAGCGUGUGAUCUUCGAAGAAUAAGAGAUGAAUAGGAUACUCCUGUUGGAAAUGUAUUUGCUUCAGAUAACAAUAAUAAUAAAGCAAUAGCAUGUUUUUCAGGAACCAGAAUCCAGCAAAUACAUGGCAAUGCAUCUGCUGUUUCCUUCAACUCCAGCAAUCCAACAUAUGCAAAUCACAAGCAAAGACGUGCUCUUUGCUUCAGGCAUGCUGAGUUCAAAUUUUUUUGUUUUUUGUCUUCCAACCAUAUGUUUGGAGUUUGGACAGUCAGAAUUAAGUCAAAAUCAAUUGCAAGC